AUGCCAAAAUUAUCCUCAAGAUAUUGGCACCUUGCUUACGAGUAUGGAAAAAGGGGCGCGUUUCUGGUUAUUGGAGCAAGAAGGGAGAACGCUCUACGAGAGGUUGCAGAGAGGGCAUAUCUGCUCGGCUCUCCUCACGCAAUCCCAAUACAAACCGACAUCUCCAAAGCCGAACAAUGCAGGAGAUUGAUACAAGAAGCCAUCCACCAAUUUGGCCGACUGGACCACCUGGUUAUUUGCGCAGGUGUCACCCCCGUAAGCUUGCUUGAGGAUACAAUUAGAGUGAAAAACUUCUCACCGGCAAUGGAUAUAAAUUUCUGGGGUCCGGUGUAUAUGACUUAUUAUGCUGCUCCCUACUUGAGGGCCACAAAAGGCAAGAUUGUCGUGAUAGCAUCGUCAGCUAGCUGGUUGAACGCACCAAGGCUUAGCUUUUAUAAUGCAAGUAAGGCUGCAGUAGUAAGCUUCUUCGAGACUCUAAGGGUUGAGUUUGCAUCUGAUAUCGGGAUCACGAUAGUCACACCCGGAUUGAUUGAGUCCGAGAUGACAAAGGGCAAAUUCCUUAACAAUGAAGGGAGAAUUGUGGUGGACCAAGUUAUGAGAGAUGUCGUGAUGAGUGCCGUUCCAAUUGAGUUGGUAGGACGAUUUGCAAAGGCAACAGUCAACAGUGCAUGCCGUGAAGACAAGUACUUAACCAUUCCACCUUGGUUCAGGACAACAUAUUAUGUGAAGUUGUUGUGUCCCGAGCUAAUUGACUGGUUUAACCACUGGUUUUGCAUGACCGGGCCAGGAGUUCCAGAAACUGAAGCCAUUAGCUACAAACUCAUACAAAUUCCUGGGCUUAAAGAUGCCAUUUGGCCAGACUCCGUCCAGUCCCCAAAGAUUAAGAGUUACUGA